AUGUUUAUCACAACAGUCUUGGUUUUACCAUUACCAUUAAGAUUCCGUAAACAAUCAUUGAAAACUUAUGAAUUUUUAUUUUCAAGUCGUGAAGUUAAAACAUCAGUUUAUAUUUCAUUAACUUUAGUUGGAUUAUUAUUCAUUGAUUCAUUUCAAAAAAAUUUCAAAUUUAAAACUUCAAAUACUUAUGAUCCAAGAUAUUUACAAUCAAGUUAUAAUCAAACACCAGAUGUUAUGGCUAGAAUUUUCUAUAAUCAAAGAAAUUUGUAUAUCUCAGGUGCUGUUUUAUUCUUUGGUAUUGCCAUUCCAACAGUUUUCAAUAUCAUUAGAAGAUUAAUUAAAUAUGAAGAAUUUAAUUUAGAAAAAACAAGCAAGGAAGUUAGAGAUGCUAAAGUUAAAGAAUUAAAUGAUGAAUUAACUAAAAAGGAACAAGAUAUUGAAACUUUCAAGAAACAAAAGAAAAGUUUAGAAAAAGCUUAUGAUGAAUUAAGUGAAAAAUUGAACAAGACUUCAGGUGUUGUUACUGAUAAGAAGUCUGAUUAA